UAAUACAUAGUUCACAAAUGGCAGUUGCGCCUUUGAGCCCGACCGGCGACCUUGUUUGACAUUGUCCUAACAGCUGAGUGUUCUUCAACAACAACAAUUAUUCUUGACCUCACGAACUCAGUUAUCAGAUUACAACCUACGUGUAACUACUAGAACAUUUAGCCGUGAAGCCACUGUAGUUGUACAAAAUGUCUAGCGUUGUAACAAUUAAUACGAACCCUUACGAGGGCCAAAAGCCGGGCACAAGUGGUUUGCGUAAAAAGGUAAAGGUUUUUGUACAAGACAACUACACAGAAAACUUUGUUCAAAGUAUACUGGAUGCAAACAAGGAUUCUAUAAUAGGUUCCACUCUUGUAGUGGGUGGUGAUGGUCGCUACCUUGUCAAGGAAGUCGUUGAUAAGAUCAUAAAGAUUGCUGCUGGAAAUGGGGUUGGAAGGCUGAUUGUUGGACAAAAUGGUAUAUUAUCUACCCCAGCUGUUUCUCAUAUCAUCAGGAAGUUUAAAACUUUAGGUGGAAUUGUUCUCACAGCUUCCCACAACCCCGGUGGCAUAGACAAUGACUUUGGAAUUAAAUUCAACUGCAGUAAUGGCGGCCCAGCACCUGAUCACACCACAAAUGAAAUAUAUAAACUUAGUACAGCCAUCAAACAAUACAAAAUUGUGCCGGAUAUACAGUGCAAUAUUGAUAAAAUUGCUGUACAGAAAUUCAAGGUUGAAGAUAGAGAAUUUAUUGUUGAAAUAAUAGAUUCUGUUAAGGAUUAUGUUGAUUAUAUGAAGGAGAUAUUUGACUUUCCAAAAAUUAAGGCUCUAUUGCAAGGAUCAGAGCGCAGAAAGGCUUUUAAUGUACUUAUUGAUUCCAUGAAUGGAGUAACUGGUCCCUAUGUGAAACGUAUCUUCAUAGAUGAGUUAGGAGCCACAGGAAAUAAUGUUCGUAGAAUUGUACCUUUAGAAGACUUUGGUGGUGCUCAUCCUGAUCCCAAUCUUACAUAUGCGGCUGACCUUGUGAAUGCGGUCAAGGGUGGGGACUAUGAUUUUGGUGCUGCGUUUGAUGGUGAUGGUGACCGCAACAUGAUAAUUGGUCGAGAUGCGUUCUUCGUUACACCGUCAGACUCCCUGGCAGUGCUGGCAAAUAACCUCCACCACAUCCCGUACUUCCAGAAGACAGGUGUGAAGGGCUUCGCCAGGAGCAUGCCCACAGCUGCAGCCGUAGAUAGAGUUGCUGCUGCAACAGGAAAGGAGUUCUUCCAGGUGCCAACUGGUUGGAAAUAUUUCGGCAACCUCAUGGAUGCUGGGCGUCUCUCUCUUUGUGGAGAGGAGAGUUUUGGCACAGGGUCUGACCACGUGAGAGAGAAAGAUGGGCUUUGGGCGGCACUGGCUUGGCUCUCCGUUCUGGCGGCUACGGGACUCUCUGUGGAAGAGAUUUUGACGAAGCACUGGCAACAAUUCGGCAGAAACUACUUUACCAGGUAUGAUUACGAGGAGUGCCCCAGCGAUCCCUGCAACGAGAUGAUGCAAGAACUGGAGAAGAAGAUGACGGCCCCUGGCUUUGUGGGCUCCCGUUACUCUGCUAAUGGGAAGGAAUAUAAAGUUUCUGUAGCUGAUAACUUCUCCUACAUGGAUCCAGUCGAUCAGAGCGUCGCUAUGAUGCAGGGUCUCCGUAUAGUGUUUGAGGACGGAUCCCGGAUUGUGAUGCGUCUCAGUGGUACAGGCAGCUCUGGAGCAACUGUGAGAUUAUACAUAGAUUCCUAUGAAGCUAAAGAUGUCCUCGGCUCGGCUCAAGAAAAACUAGCGCCACUUAUUAGUGUUGCGCUGCAAAUAUCAGAAUUACAGAAGUACAUCGGCCGCGACAAACCUACCGUUAUUACAUAAGUCUUAAAUGGUCGAAUCAAUAAAGAUAGUAACCAAUUUUUUAAUUAAAAUAAAACCAAAUUUUAAUUUAUUAAAUUUAAAAAAUAGUUUAAGUUUUAUUUUUUUUUAAUUUUACUAAAAUUUCAGUGGUUUGUGAGUGUAAACUCAAAAAAAUAGGAUUUUUUUAUAAGAUUUGUAUAAUUAUCUGAAAUAUUUUUUAAUUAUUUUUGGCAAUAGCGCAAUAUAAUAGUUUAGGAAGCUAAUCCUAUCUUGACGCAUUAAAUGCCUCUUUCUAAUUAUUAAAAAAAUCAUUGUUAUAUAGUUGGUUAUGGUCUAUUGUUUAUUUGUUUUUAAUGUGCAAUGAAUUACGUAAUUUUAAACUAAAAAUAUAUUUUAAAUCUAUACCCAAAUUUUUGAUCAGCCUUUAAUUGUAUAAAUACUUUAAAAGGAU